AACCGCGCGUGCGUCUGACGUCACGCGUCGCACGUGUUUCUGUUGUCAAAAAUGCAGAUCCCAAAUAAACAUGCGAUCUUGCUAAAUUAAUAGUUGGUAACAUUACAGAAGAUUGUACUGUAUCAUUUACAAUAUGAUAAAUCGCUUGGGGAUUUCGCACGUGUGGUGCUCUUUUUUUCUAAAGAUUUGAUUCAUUGACGUUUGAAUAAAGUUUUUCAAAGAGGAAAAUGGCCGCGUCCAUAAUGCGCCGCUCGUAGCGUCUUUAUAAAAACAAUAAUAAUCCAUGUGCGGGGUUGUCCAGCAGCUAAAGUAAGGAUGAGCCGCUCAACCAGCCUCUUGCAGCAGAUGACCAUCUUCAUGACCGUAGUGACUGGCGGUGGUUGUGCUACCAUGUACUACCUCAUGCAGAAAAACUUUGCUAAAUCAGAGUACUACCGUCAGGCUCUUGAGCAGCUGAACAGUAACUCCACAGCCAUGGCCAGUCUGGGAGCUCCUCCUCUGAAAAUACACAACAUCCAUCUGUCGGACCGACACAACCGCAUUGACCACAGCAGCGCUCAGCUCAAGAUUCCAGUCACCGGGUCCAAGACUGGAGGUUACCUUUACACAACAUCCACCAGAGACUCUCUGACGAACAGAUGGCACCUGCAGCAGGUCGUCCUGAAGCUCAGAAAAGGAGACACCGUUGAGAUUUUCAACAACACACAAUCUGAAGAGUGACUUCAGAAACAACAUGAUACAGGGAAAACAAAUGCUAAUGGACUCUUCCUGAUAUGUUUUUCUUUUUAGUUUUUAUUGCGAAUUGGGAAGAAAUGUUAACAGCCCUUCAUAGAAUAAAAACAAUAUUGACAUUUUGUUCAAAGACACCUAAUAAAUCCAGAGAGACUUA